AACUUGGAUAUAUAUAUGUUGUUGCAGAGUAAGGCGUGUGCUUCAGUACUGCUGGAGCAGGUGUGCCGCCAGCUCAACCUCCUCGAAUCUGACUACUUUGGUCUUGAAUACACCGAUGGUAACACUCGCUACUGGCUUGACCUCGAGAAGCCUAUGAACAGACAGGUUUGUUUGAGUCAAGUAGAACCAGUGUUGCGGUUUUGUGUCAAGUUUUACACUCCUGACCCUGCCCAGCUGGAGGAAGAGUACACUCGCUACCUCUUCGCAUUACAGAUCAAGCGAGACCUUGCCCAUGGCUGGCUUAUGUGCAAUGACAACACUGCUGCGCUCAUGGCCUCUUACAUUGUUCAAGCGGAAUGUGGAGACUUUGUUGAAGAGGAUUAUCCUGAUCAUCGCUACCUCUCCUUGUACAAGUUUGUUCCUUCUCAAGACCCAGAGCUGGAGAGAAAAAUCAUGGAAAAUCACAAAAAACAUGUGGGCAUGACACCUGCUGCAGCUGAUCUAAAUCUCUUGGAAACUGCAAGAAGAUGUGAAUUGUAUGGUAUUAAAAUGCACCCUGCAAAGGAUAAUGAAGGUGUGCCUCUAAACCUUGCAGUUGCACACAUGGGUGUGUUAGUGUUCCAGAACUACACAAAGAUCAAUACCUUCUCUUGGGCGAAGAUAAGAAAACUUUCCUUUAAACGAAAACGAUUUUUAACAAAAUUACAUCCAGAAGGAUAUGGCUAUUACAAGGAUAUUGUUGAGUUCUUCUUUGAUGGCCGAAAUGAAUGCAAAAAUUUUUGGAAAAAAUGUGUCGAGCACCAUGGGUUCUUCCGAUGUUCACACGUCAAAAAAGUUCCACGUCAAAAGACCAGAGUUCUGUCAAGAGGAUCAUCAUUCAGAUACAGUGGUAGAACACAGAAGCAAGUUCAAGAGUUUGUCAGAGAUAACUAUGUUAAAAGAGCUCCAUUUCAAAGGUCUCAGUCAUUUCGACACUCUCCCUCUGUACAUACGAGUGUAAGCAACGUAGGCAUGAGCAUCUCUGCACAACCUCUUCUUCCUCUUGGUGAUAAUCAGUGCAUUGGCACACCUGUAUCUUUAUCGUGUGGCUCCAUGACUUUGGCCUCGACCGGUGACCCUCAAUCCCCUGGGUCACCCACCCAGACUGAGACUGCUGACCUUCAUGACUUCGACACCCGUGACCUCGAGACCCCUAGCGUGACACCUUCCAGACAGGACACCCUCUCUCCAGAGACGUCAGUUACCUCCAGUCCUCAGCGAGGUCACGACCCUGAAUACCCCCAUCAUCCAGGUCAGCAUCGCCACUACCAAAGGGCACCCUCCUUAGACACUAACUCUACCAUGUCAUCACGACAACAACUGAACUCUAACCCUGCUCUCAUGGAGGGAACUAUAAAAGAAUAUUCUUUUGAUGAUAACCAUUAUCAAGAACCAGCUGAUGACAGUGGGGAUAAUCUAUCACAUGAAUCUUAUGAGCUAAUAGAAAAAGAGGGUGGUAAGUGGGCAGGAUCACAGUCAAGUUCCAGGGUUCCUAGUAGGUCUGGUUCUAAGCUGAUGAUCAACAGUGAUGUGGGAAGUACAGAGGGUCUGGAGUGGGCAGAACUCAAAGGGGAUAAUAAUAGUAACAGGGGUCGAGCAAGUAGUUAUACUGGUAGCCUCCCUCGUAGUCAUGGCAGCAGUACCAAUAAAAAACAAAGUAAUGGUUAUACUGGGAGCCUCCCAAGAACUCACAGUAGCAGUCAGUCCUGUAAUUUGUCACGUAGUUUAGCUGGAAGUCGAGCAAGUUCUAGAAUCACUUUGGAACUUCCCCUUGAUCCCCGUCCGUCCCAGAAUGAUGAUGAGGAUCUUGCAAGUCCAGGUAGUCCUGAGUUUCAUGAAAACAGUGUAUGUGAAAUUACUAGUGAAAAAGGAUACAUCUUAUCAACACGUCAUCUUGGAACCAUCACCAUCACAGACAAUUCCUCAUUAUAUAGUCCAGUUUCUCAUUCACGCCAUAGUGGCUUAGAACGCCAAGAAAGCCUUCCAGAGAGUAUUAGUAUUAGAUCACGCUCAAGUAGUCACUCUAGAAUAGGUCGAGAGUCUCGUGAAAGCUUACGUGAUGUAGGGGAUUCAACAAGCAUAAGCACCAUGACCAUGACAACUAGACUUUCUGCCAGCAUGAGGGCUGCUAAAGAAAUGGGUCAUUAUGUUGACUAUGGUUCAUCUCAAGAAAGUCUUCAUAAAAUGAGCUCGUGUGAAAGUGAUGGUGGUUCAUCACUCUCCUCGCAUACUAGAUCUUCUACCACACCUAGACCAUUAGAUCUGCAGCAUGGCAAUUUCCUUCAACACAGGAGAAGUACAUCAACAAGUCCUCCAAGUAUUACAUCAUAUUCCUCACAAACUAGGCCCCGCUGUAUGGAUUUUUCUACUCUACACAAGAAGCCAAAGUUUCAUAUGUAUGGAGCAGGUCGAGGUAGUGACUCUGGGGGUAAUACUGAUAGUGAUAUAUGUUCACCAUUAGAAAUUCCACAUCCAAUACCUCCUCCACCAGAAGAGGUACAUGAGGAAGAGGAAGAUGAUGAUGACCUAACCCCUUCUCAGGAGCAGGUGCAGUUUCUUCCCCGUCCUGCUGAUAUGGAUUUGAUUACCAGAAUUAGGGGUAGCAGUGAUGAAGAGGAAGAUGAACAAGAAGAUUUACAAGACUUGGAAUUAGAAUCUGAACAAGAGGAUCAAAUCAUUGUAGUUAUAGAAGAGAAAGAUGAACCUUGUAUAUUUGAUUUUGAGAUUUUGCCACCACCUCCAGAGGUGAAAGAAGAAUCCCCUUCAAGUGGAGAAAUGGAUCUUACAGACACAUCACGGGAAAGAAGAAUUGAUGAAAGUGAUGCCUCAGAGCGCACAGUCAUCGAAAGGUUUCGACUUCCUGAUGAACGGCUUAGCAAAUUAGGUUCUAAAGAUAGCCAGAUGAGCAUAGAAGAGAUAGAUGAAUCAAUUCUUGAUAGGCGUUCUUCUAUGACUGGUGAGAGAAGACAAUCUGCCCAUGAUAUCAGUUGGAAAUCCCCAUAUCCAACCUCAGAACGACGACCAUCAAUUCAGGACUUCGGUUGCAUUUCUCCCCUACCAGUCAAAGAGCGCAGGUCUUCGUUACAUGAUUCUGAAAGGAAAUCUCCUUAUCUAGAGACAGAUAGGAGAUCGUCUGUUCAUGAUUUAGGUAGGCGAUCUCCAUAUGAAAGGGAUAGGGAAGAGAGAAAGUCAUCAUCAUCAUCUGAAAGACGAAGCUCAGUGUGUUCAGAUAGACGGAGUUCUGUAUCUUCAGAAAGGAGAGGAUCUGUCUCUUCAGAGAGGAGACCUUCUCUAUCAGAUAUAGGCAGAAGAACAUCAAUAUCAAUUGAACCAGGGCAGAGGUCACCAUUUUUUGAUGCACCUGUGUUUGAAUUUGAACCAGAGAGAGAAUCUGAUUCCCUUGAGCCAGAUACCUCCUCCUCAACUCUUGCAUCAGCAUCAGAAAAAAGCCCAAUUGUGUCUGAUGUUGAGAGAAAGACCUUUUUUGAUGGGUUGAUGCUUGAUGACUCACUUAUAAGUAUGGAUGAGUUUACUGAAGCUUUGAUACCACCUGAAGAAGCCCCAGAGCCAUUUGCUUCACUGUCUGGAGCAAGAGUGAUAGAGAUUGUAGAAGGUAUGACAGAACAUAAAGUUAUUGUCACAACAGAGCCAGAAGAAGAGGAGGAGGAAGAGGAAGAUGAUGUGGCACCUGAGGAUGAAGAGGUCUUCAUAAAAGAAAAAGUUGCAAUUGCAAAAGAAGAUAGUGUACAGUCAGUAGAAACAGAGGGUGAAGGAGAAAUGGAUGAAUGUUUAAGGAGUAGGGACGGUGCUAUAGGGGUUGACACACGUGUUCUUGAUGAUGAUGAUGCCAUUGGUGCAGUUGGAGGAACAGAUGAGGACCUAGAUCAAGAUUAUUUUGAGGAUGAUGAUGAGGAUGAUCAUGCACAAAUGAGUGAUCAGUCCCCACAGUCUCCUGACCUUGUAUCAGAGCCCGAUGAAUAUCAUGAUGAUUACCAAGAGCCAGAAUAUUAUCAACCAUUUACUCGACAGAUUGAUAUAGGUUAUGCUUUUCCCUCUCGUACAUUAUCUCGGAUUAGCGAGAGAAGUACAACUUCUGAACAGGAACAUGAACAGGACCAUAUUGGUCUACCUGAACCUGAACCUGAACAUACAGAUAGCAAAAUUUCUACUCCCACUGAAGAAAAGCUCCCUUCAAUUCCUUCUGAAGAGCAGCAGGGAGAACUGCCCUCUGAUUAUUCAAAUUCAACUAGUGAUGAUAAUCAGAGUGAUAGAAGAACAAGCUUAAAUGCAGAACAGGAAACUCCUCAGCCAUAUGCUACACAGUUUUUCUUAAGAGAUCUGCCAGAAUUUGUACCAGGAGAUGAAAGUGAUGAGUUUCCCUCCCCUCCUAGUUCUGCUUUCUUGGAAAAUCCUCACACAGAACUCAGUCAUAUUGAAACCUAUUACAUGGAAAUCAACCAAAGAGUUAAUCAGAGUAGUGAAGGAAUAUAUGAUAACAUUCCUGUUAAAUUUGAAGGUAUUCACGAAGUAUCCGAAUCCGAAUCGGCAUCUGAAGAAAAUCACACACUUCAAGAGCCUGAAGAUACUCUUGAGAUGUUAGAGGAUAUACAGGCUGUUGAGGAGUUAGAGGAAGAGCCAGGAACAUCAGGAGUGAAGGAGAAAGUAGCUACUACAAAACCAAAGACUCCUACACGAGUGAGGAGGGAAUUGCCAUCUCCUUCUCCUCCACCUCUUCCACCACCCCCUAGGCCAUUUAUGCGCCCUCCAUCCCUAUCCAGAAGUCCGAGUCCUCCUUUGACACCUCCAACUCCUAUUGCAAGAGAAAUGCCCGUUACUAAGUAUGAUGGUGGUCAGGCCCUUGAUAUCAGACACAGAGUGGCUAUUGAGUUUGAGGUACGGGGGGGUCAUCUCCAUGAGAGUAGGGAAAACCUUUCUACUGCGGGUCUAACUGCUCAAACUGAUAGUGGCGAAUGGAAUAGCUUUUAGUAUUUUUUUUUUUUUAUAGAUUACACAUUUGUUACAGGAAUAACUCUGAAUAUGUGCUGUUACUGUCACAAUCCCAUACUUUGCUCACUUAACUCUUAAAUUGUCACCUUAUCAUCAUUGGGAAAUGCCUGCACUAAAGAUUUUUCUUCUUUGCUUAAUUGCCUAACUGUAUAGAUUUAAGGAUGCAGUUAAUUUUACAUCCUUAUUCUCUUUGGUGCAUUAUUCAGGAAAUUUCAAGCCUGUCAAUUAUGUAGUGUGUAAAAUUACUGUUUAUUGUCAGUUAAUUUAGCAUCAUAAUUAUCAUAUCAUAUUGGUGUUCAUGAGCAAUAUAUUGUAAGUCAUGCAAGACACUGUUUAGCAUUUUGAUGUUGGUUGCUGUUCUACUGUUUCCUGUUAAACUUGUCUGAAUUUGAAUUCAAGAAGUUAGUGCUCUGAAAUGCUGUAUGUCAGUGAAGCUCAAUGGAAGAUUUUUACCUUUGGAUUACUAAGCUUUAAUAUAGAAUGCAACACUUAGGGUACUGUAUGUACAACGACAUAACAUUCCUAUGACAAAUGGAUGUAAAGAAGAAAAGCCUUAUUAUACUGAAAAGGGCAGCACUACUUAAGUUAUAUUAAUCCUAAAUUGUAAUUUCAGGUUCAUAUUUGCUUUUACUUGUGCCAAAGAGCCUUAACAUUGACUCCUCCUUGAUGAUUUAUAUAUGUAGAUACACACACAUGCACACACUUAGGUAUGAUAGGGCCCACAAGUCUAUGAAGGAGUGAAUCUAGGAAGUGACAAGUUAAGAGGCAGGGCCAGGGUCUGAAGCUCAACCCUUGGAAUCAUAAUUGAGUACAAAUAGGCGAGUAUUGGGGCAGUACCAGAAAGACUAGGGAAUAAGGUACACUAACAAAUACUGGAUGCCAUUCACACAACAGGGAGAGAGGUUAAGACACUUUUGAUGGAUUUGGAUAUAUCAAAGGUGAUGGGAUCUGACGAAGUGUCUCUUUGGAUUCUGCAAGGAGUAGAAACAUUAUCUGAACUAGUAGCUAUGAUUUAUAAGAAGACUUGGGAUAUGGAACAAUUGUUAGAGAUCUGGAAGACAGUAACUUUAGUCCCUAUAUUUAAGAAAGGAGACACAGAAGGCAUUGAACUAUUGAUCAUUUUCUGACAUGCACACCUUGUAAGGUAAUGGAGAAAAAUUAUUGGAGGAAGAGUGGUAGAACACUUAUGGAUUAGUUGUUUCAGAAAAAAAAACCCAGCAUGGGUUUCAAAAUGGCAAAUAUUGUCUUACCAGGUUGUUGGUAAUGUGUGUGACAGGAGAGGGAGGGGGAUGGGGGGGGAUUAUUGCAUUUUCAUAGAUCGACAAUAGACAUUUGAUACCAUACCCCACAAGAAGCUGGGCCAAAAACCUGAGGUGCAGGUUGGAAUAACAGUAAGAAUAUUCUGGUAGAUCAAAGAGUAUCAUAGGGAAAGAAAGCAAAGUGUGAUAGUCAGGGAGAAGCAGGAAGGGAAAAAGAGUAACUAGCAGGGUUCUACAAGGAUUGGUAUUAGGACCAGUACUAUUUCUGGUUUAUGUGAAUGCUAUUCCAGAUGGGAAGGAUUCAGCUAUAUCCCAGUUUGUUGAAGUAAAACUGAUGAAAACAAAAACAGUUGAGGAACUGGAAAGGCUCCCAAUGGAUCUGAACAAAUUUCAAGAAUGAUCAUAUAUAAGUGGUCACUAGAAUUCAACCCCAUGAAGAUUGAGGAAGGAACAAGAGAAUUGGUAACUGGGUAUAGACUAGGGAGACAGAGGCUUCAGACUUCACUCAGAAGAAAUGACCUAGGAGUGAGAAUAGUGCCUGUUAUUUCACCUGAGUCUCAUAUCAGUUGAAAAAUCUCUGCAGCCAGUGCUCGUCUAGCAAAUCUGAGAGUAGCCUUUAGGUUCUUAAUACAACACAGACCGGGCCGCGGGGGCGUUGACCCCCGGAACUCUCUCCAGGUAAACUCCAGGUAAACAUAUGUCAGGCAUUUUGGAGAAUGCAAUACCAUCAUGGAACUCGCACCUGAAAAGACGCAUGUUAAGAAACUGGAGAAAGUGAGGAAGUAUACUAUGAGUAUACUAUGAUGUUUCUUCCUGGGAUAAAGGGUAUUGGAAGACAGAAGAACCAGGGAAGAUAUUAUAACAUACAAAAUACUUGGAUGAAUUGAUAUGAUAGACAGGGUCAGGCUGUUUAAGAGAUGGGGAACAGGUAUUCAGGGACAAAGCUUGGAGUUAAAGACAGAUGAACCACAGAGAUGUCAGGAAAUAUUGUUUCAGCUUGAAAAGUCAGGAAGUACAAUUAUCUAAAUGAAGAAGUGGUGGAGGCAGGCUCUGUACAUAGUUUUAAGAGCAGGUACAAUAGGGCCCUCAAGGCUAUGAGGGAGUGAAUCUGGCAAGUUCCAAAUUAAGAGGCAAGGAUAGAAUCUGAAAAUUGACCUGCUCCAACCACAAAUGGUGAGUAAAUACACACAUGCAUACCUGCACACAUGAGUGGGGAAAAUGGUGAAAAUAAAUAAAAAAAAUCUGAAGGGAAUGGCAUUGAGAUGAUGAAAGAGGGAGGCAAUUCAUUGACUCCAUGAGAUGAGAAAAUGUGGAA